AUGUCUGCAGUAUAUGCCAAAACUCAAGAGAUAAAUGGUGGUUACUCUAAUAAGCCAGUUCCAUUAUUAUCAUAUGAAAAUACAGAGACAACAUCAUCUGAUAAAAAUAAAUUAAAUACCAAUAUGAGUAUUGGGUUACCUGCUGACAUGACAACAUCAAUGGUCAAUGGACCUACAACACCCAGGGCAUUAAAAUCACAAAAUUCAUCCAAUAGAAUUUGUACUAAUAGUGAGAGAAAACAAUUGGAGAGAAGAAAUACACAGUAUGAUAAAUUUAUAAAUGAAAGUUCAAAGAAGAAUAUAGAUUUUUCUGUCAACUGUACACCAAUUAAGACAAAUCAACUUUACAAUAAUGAUCAAAUCUCACCAUUUUCAAAUACAAUGAAUACUUCUUCAUCCACAUCUGACUAUAAAUUUCAAUCUUUUUAUGAUACUUCAAAAUGUUUUGAGAGAACAGAUUUAACUCAUACAUCUAGAAUUAGUCUUUUAUCAGACAAGACUGAUAAUACUUCACAGUUAAUGAAUGAUUCUGUUUUAAUGGGACAAUAUUCUAUUAUUAAAACAUUGGGAUAUGGGAAUUUUGCUAGUGUCAAAUUAGCAGAACAUUGUGUUACCAAAGUACAAGUAGCUAUAAAGAUUGUUAAAAAAGCUGACUUGAAUGAGGAAUCAAUGUGUAAAAUGAGAAAAGAAAUUGAAGUACUAAAAAAAAUAAAACAUCCAAACAUUGUUGAAUUGUAUCAAGUUAUUGAAAAUGAUAAAAAAAUUUGUCUUGUCAUGGAGUAUUGUUCUGGAGGGGAAUUGUUUGAUUAUUUGGGUAAAGUAAAACGAUUUUCUGACAAUGAGGCGAGAAAAAAAUUUAGACAAAUUGUUAGUGCUGUUCAAUACCUCCAUCAUAAUGGAAUUGUUCAUAGAGAUUUAAAAGCGGAGAAUAUUCUUUUAGAUGAUAAGGGAAAUAUUAAAAUUGCAGACUUUGGUUUUGCAGAUUUUUAUAGUGAAGGUUGUUUAAUGGAUCAAUUUUGUGGUUCACCACCAUAUGCAGCACCAGAAUUAUUUCAAGGAAUAAAAUAUAUUGGAUUUAAAGUAGAUAUUUGGAGUUUAGGAGUAAUAUUAUUUGCUUUACUGGUAGGAUCAUAUCCAUUUCAUGCUGAUGAUUUAGGAACAUUAAAAAAACGUGUAAUAGCUGGUCGUUAUAAUGUACCAUAUUAUGUAUCAGUGUCUUGUGUUCAAUUGUUACGAAAAAUAUUAAUACUAGAUCCAUUAAAAAGAGCAACAAUAGAUAAUAUUGCAGAGUCAAAAUGGUUAAAUGAAGGAUUUUCUAAAUAUCAACCAUAUAUUGAAAAAAAAGAAGAGAUGUUCGAUGCAAAAAGGAUGAUGACAAUGUUGAAUUUAGGAUAUUCACAAAGUGACAUAUCUGUUUCAGUUUUACAAAAAUUACGAAAUUCAGUAUAUGCAUUAUAUACAUUUUUAGGAAAACCAACAAGUAUCAUAAAUGUGGAGGAAGAAUAUAAAAAAUAUUCACAGUCAUCUGAUACUCAGUCAAAUCAAUUUAACAAGUCAAAAGAUCUCAAUCUUUAUUUUAAUAAGCUCAAGGUUUUUUGCCAAUAUAAAGAGUCAAGCGUAUAA